AACGGCGAGCAUUGUCAGCUGAGCGUACGCUUCGACGACCAAUGCGUUCUCAUCCCUAAGCAUCCUCACCGUCACCGCCUACCAAGGAUAGUGACAAAGUCUUAUUCUCUGCCGUUAUGGAAGAGGCGUCCGUCGAACUCGGGCGGGCCGUCGUCGUCUCCAGAAACAGACGCCUUUGUACCAGAAGACAGUCAUGUCGUCCUGCGAGUUCCGAUUCCUAGUUUCUCUAGUAAAGCGCAAUCUCCUGCUUGUACUCGUAAUUCAGACCCUAAGCCGCUCUCCCCUUGUCUGGUCCAUCGUUCCCCAUCUGGUAUUUCUGCCAUCUCACAGGCAGCCCCCGGGUCUCCCCAGAGUCCACGGCGCCCAAGACGCACAGCGUCCUUGUCGCCUUCUCGUUCGGAUCUCGUCACCAUUCCGCUGCGACCAUGCUGCGCGGGGUGUGAAGCCGUGACGGAGGCGUGUUUGUCGCAGGGAGAGACUUGGACUGAACACUUCUCUCGGUCUGCACGCAGACGGCGCUCGCUCAGCACAGAUGAGGGACCGCGGACCAUCACAGUCGAAGGGAGCAUCGCUGCUACAUCCUUUGGGCUUGGUCGUGGUCACCCGAUUAGCGUGGAUGAGGUUGAUAAGCGUCGGCGGUCGAGCGACUCGGUGGUGACGGCGUCAAUAUGGUUGAAUGAGGAGGGAAAGAAUGUCAUGGUUAAUAUGCAGCGCCCGUCAUCGCCAUCGCGCAUACCGAACUUGGCUGUUCCUUCUACUCCUCGGAUACCGGAGGAAGAUGAUGCUGAAGACGAUGAAGACCAACUCUUCCCUCUCCCGUCGCCUCGUCGGUCGCCUGGGGCAUCUCCCGCACCCAGCCCAUCUCCUUCUGCAUCAUGCAUCGGGAUUUGUAGGCCGAGUGGGAGCCCAGUGCCGUCAAAUUCCUCAUUGGUCAGCUUAGGCACAAAGAUGAAUAAAGACCCGUUCCUUGCACCUGUUUCAAGGUCGUCUUCGUCUCUUUCGCUUGCAAAGACAACCGAGUCCGAUGAAAAUGUAUCACGUGCACCAUCGCCUCAAGUUCUUGCCACGGCGACCUCGAUCUCCGCACGCUCUUUCAGCCAGUCCCCAUCGCCGCAGACUUCGUGCGUUCCCCCGGUUUCAACACCAUCGUCUACUUGGACAGAGGAGCUUGGUGCAGGUGCAGAUAGAGGGCAGCCACCACUCACUGUUCCCUCCUCUGCCUCGUCCCUGUCCACUUCUCUCCCCACGUCAAAUGGUUUCCGAUCACAUAAUUCUGCACAUUCGCUCGUUCACUUACCAUCCACCUCGCCGAACCUCUCGACUUCCCUGCCUAAAAAACGUCAUGGCUCAUUGUCAUUGGCUCGCCCCCGGCAUAUUAUUGCCGAUGUCCUUCGUGGGGUGGGUGCAGUAGGAAGUGGGGCUAGUGGUGUCGGGGUUCGUGUAUAG